AUGGCAAAUUGUGAAGAAGAACAGUCCGUGUUGGUUGCCAGGCUAAGUCGAGCAUAUAGUACUGGACAACCAAGUCCUAAAGAUCCAGCAAACGGUAAAAAGACCACGGAGAAGCAAGGUUCAGGGGCAAUACCAAAAACUAAUCGUGAUCGAGAUGAAGACGAAGAUCUCGAGAAGCUUAGAACAAAAGAAUUAAGAGAACGUCUUGCUAGUAUGGGGCUAGAGACGAGAGAAAGAAAAGCUGAACUACGUGUGAGACUACAGGCGGCGAUGGAAGAAGAGAAUACGUCGUCGGAAGAAGAGAGCGACGACGAAAGCGAAACUGAAGACGACGAAGAAGACGAAAGAGAAAGCAAAAGGAACGUGCGAGGUGUAUAUCAAAAACCUGACAAAUUCCGUAGGAAAGCACGUAGGUAUACAACAGUAAGUUUUCAGGAUGUCCAAGACGCCUUAGAAGUUUCUACAGGCGAAAACAACGAAAAUAUUAAUCAAUGUUUCGAGGCGUUCGAAGAAACUGCAAGCAUAUGUAGGUGGACAAAAGAACAAAAGGAGCUAAAAGAAAAUCUUAUCAUCUAUGAAGAACAAAAAUCCCGUAUAGCAGAGUCAACUAUGAGACCGGUAAGAGCUAAGGACAAUGGAAGAUACAAGCAGUCGGAAGAUGUAGCGAAGUAUAAAAGGUGUUAUAAUUGCGGUGAUGAAGAACACGUGUGUGCAGAGUAUCCGAACAAGUCGAGGGGACUUAAAUGUUUCAAGUGUAGAGAAUACGGAUACAUUGCAUCGAGGUGCGACAAUCUGAGCGAGUCCAUUAAAGAGAGGUCCUUAAAGUAG